AUGAGAUUAUGCGACAAAGAGAAACGCGAAGGUAAACAUACAACUACUGAUCUUCAAAAGCUGAAGGAAAGAUGCGUUCAGGAAUCGAAUUGUCCUCAAGAAGCUCCACGCUUGUUUAUUCAAAAUGCUUUAGUAGACAAAUAUAAUGAACAAGUAUAUGAAUCAUUUACUGAUAAUAGAUAUACAAUUAAAGCUCAAGAGAGUGUUAUUGGGGCAGCUUCAGCUGAACUUAAGGAAAAAAUAAUGAGGCAAAUACCUUAUGUUCCGUUAAGAAAUUCUAAACAGUUAGCUCACAAACUAAAACUUGCUGUUGGGCAACGUACAGAAGUUGCAACAAAUGUGCGAACUGAUGAUGGUCUUACAAAUGGGGCGAGUAACAUUAUAAAGUUGAUACAGCUCACUGAUGAAAUAAACCUUCGGGUCUUAUCUGGGUCCAAUUUGAUUAUGAAGAUGUUGGUAGAAAAACUCGUCAAGAAAACAGAACGCUUUAUGUCAGAGGAGUUCAAAGCACAUGGACACCAAUUAAACCUGUCACAACCCAAUUUCCAGUUGGUAGAACGAAAUCUGCUCAAGUUGUUAGGAAACAGUUUCCAUUGCGACCAGCAUCAGCAAAAACUGUUCAUAGAUCACAAGGUGAUACUCAAACACAAGUUGUUGUAAACCUAAACAGCAACAGAUCUUUUCCUUACAUUCAUUAUGUUGCUUUAAGUCGUGUUACAACAAUAGAAGGAUUAUACAUCACUGACCUAUGUGAAGACAGAAAGAUAUCUGUUGAUCAAAGAGUUGUCAAGGAAAUGGAAAUCUUAAGAACCGAACAAAGUUUGAAUCUUUGUUUUAAACCACUUUAUAUGUUGGAUCAAUCUGAUUUGAAAGUUUGUUACCUCAAUGCAAGAUCUCUGCAUAAACACAUUGAAGAUGUUCGAAAAGAUAUUAAUUAUUCGUCUAUGGAUAUUGUGAUAUUUACUGAAACAAGGUUUAACUCCUCAGACACUGACGAUAUAUACAACAUUGAUGGCUACAGGUUGUUCAGAAAUGAUGUUUCCCAAGGUACGGGUCCAGGACGUCCAUACGGUGGAACAGCUGUUUAUAGCCGAGUCCCUUUAAAAGAAGGAUACCCUUAUGCUCACAACGUCAAUGGAAUCGAGUUUACAAUUAUUAAAACAGAAAGUAAUCCGCAUCUGAAUAUAAUUGGAGUAUAUCGUUCACCCAAUAUUGCUAUAUCACGUCUACUGUCUUCACUACGUAGUGUGCUUGAUGAAGAUUCUUCUGCACAAAACAUUAUAAUUGGAGAUUUCAAUGUCAACUGGAUGGUAGAAUCUGAUCGACAGUCACUGUACAAUUUGAUGGUUGUACAAAAUCAUUACAGGCAACUGAUAACAGGCUUUACAACCGACAACAGAACGUUAAUUGAUCAUUUAUACACAAAUUUAUUUGAAGAGGAAAUUGAAGCUGGUAUUCUAGAAACUUACUUUAGUGAUCAUAAAGCAAUAUGGGCUUCUCUUAGGACAUAGAAAUAAUAAUUAUAUACCAUUCAAUUAAGGUAUUGCAAAGAUAGCAAGCCAUUGUGCCACUGCAUACGAAUGUUAUUAAGACAAGCCAUUGCGCCACUCCCAGUGUUAUUAAGGCAAGCCAUUGCGCCACUCCCAGUGUUAUUAAGGCAAGCAGCUGUCCACUGCCAAUGUUAUUAAGACAAGCCACUGUCAAUAUUAUGAAAAUAAGUCUUUGUGUGGACGAUGGCUACAUUUAGGUAAGUCUUCUUUUUCUCUUUCCCCCUUUCCCUUCCCUUUGUUUAUGUGUUUAAUUGUGUGUGUUUUUCUUCUUUUUUAGAUAUCUCUAUACAUUAACAUGAUCACAUUAAUUAACGAUAACUUCAAUCAACAAAAGUACUCAAAAUAGAACAAUUUUGGUAUGUUGCUACGUUUUAUUACCAUCUAGUCAUGUCACGGAAAAAAAGCUCGAACUGUAUGGCUUUUGAAAUCCAUGUUACAUUAUACAUAAUUGCAUCCACUAAUACUGUUGCAUUAAUAUUUACAGAUAUCAGACGUAUACAAUAAUAUGCCUUCCAUUUGCUUGCGCCUCACAACAUUGGUGGAUAAAUUAUGUUGAAUAAUAUAUCUUAUGUCAAUGAAUAUUCGAAAAUGAAACAAUUCAAUUCAGCUACCAAUUGCUUGACCAUUAACUGACACGACCACUUCAACGAAAUCGCACGUACAAAGAAAAGUUAAUACGUCUACAGUUGUGUCAUCGUUAUGUAUUCUGAAAAUUCUACGUGGAAGACAUGAAAAGUGAGAAGUAAGAAAGAUGCACAGUACUUGAAGAUACGACUUGGAUAUUUGUUGUACGUUACAUUGCACCUGGCUCUGACACCAGAACAUUUUAAAGCGAAAAGCUACUCAACGAAGUCGCACGUACCAGUACGAAGAAAAGGUAACGCGGCAAGGAAGACUUGAUAGUUAAGAAAGAUGCACAGUACUUAAAGCAGUACUUUGCUGUACGGUACAUUGCACCUGUUCGAAUACUCAUAAUCAAGCCAACAACGUGCGUGAGUACAGUACCUGUUAUACGAACAAUGGACUUGAUAUGCAUCAUAAUCAACAUCUUCAAACUUACACUGGGUAGAACAUAUACUGUAAUACGCAAUAAGACGUGUUCUAUUGUCAUAGAAAAGUGACUGGUAUUUUAGUUUUCACUAGUUGAAUGUUCGUAAUUUAUAAUUCACGUUGUCAUUGACCAUUUUUGGCAAACUUUGGAAAUUGUGGAAUGGAUUGUAACUAAAUCACUGACUUGUGGACUUAUUUUAUAUAUUGAAAAAUUGACUGUAACCCAUACUCUAAUUUCAAUUUUGUAUACAUACAGUAGCCAUCGUCCA